AUGGGGAGUCGAUUGGGAGGACGAGUGGUUCAUUUCGCGAAUCUUCCGAUCAAGCUUCUGAUGCCGACGAAGCUGACGAACAUCCACGAAUUCGCGCUGAAAACGAUCCCUUCCGCGACGAAGAUUGAGAUCAAGCGAGUCCUGGAGACUCUCUACGGAUUCGAGAUCGAGAAGGUGAACACGCUUAACAUGGACGGGAAGAAGAAGAAGCGUGGAGGGUUGUUGAUAGCGAAGGCGGACUACAAGAAGGCUUACGUCACGCUCAAAAACCCAUUGUCGAUUUCCAGGGAUUUGUUCCCGGUGAAGUUUAUCGAGGAGGAUAGGAAGAGUAAAGUGAAAGGAUCUAGCUUUGUGGAGGAAGAGGAUGAUAAGAAGAGUCACUGGCUUGAUCAGAAGGAGAAGAGGGAAGUCGGCGGUUAUAGAAAUGGGAAAAGUCGUCGUGGCGGUGAUAGGUCGACUUCGCCGGCGAGAGCUGCGGCUACGGCGGGAGCGAAGUUUCCUUGGAGCAACAUGAGAUUUGGUGGAAAGUAA